GCUCAAGAGGUCUAUACUUUUCUUAGUUUCUUCCGCCUGGGUGCUUCUUUAUUUUCACAUUUGAUCUGUUCUAAUUAUGAUCUAUGGCUGCACCAAAGGGUAAAAUUUCUACCUAUACAAGUGGUCAACAAGAAAUGGAUCUAAAUCUCUCACCUGGUGGCACAUUUAAUUGUGAAAAGCCUAAUGAAAUUUCAAUGCCUCAACCAUUUUCACAAAUUAGGGCAUCAGCGGCCAACAAUCCUGCCUUUCAGCGGGCUAUUGAGAUUGUAAGAUCUGAUUUGCAUAACAAAUUAGAAGAUACGUCUAAAAUUUAUGAAAAUGAGGAACCUUCUAUCAAAUUCAAUACGGAAAAAGGCAAGUCAAUUGUAUUUCCAGAAAGUAAUGAAAAAAAACCAUUGAAGAAUGUUAAGAAUUCUCAUAAUGUUGUCACAUCAAUGGAUACAAGUGACCUACUAAGGAUUAUGCCUUCUGUGACAACUUCUGGUGGAAUCAGAAAUGGAAAAUUGACAGAAGGUUCCUUUACAACUAUGGAAAAGGAAAGCAAACUUCAAUAGUUUGCAUUUGCCAUGGAAGGUUCUUCUCACCAGCUGAUUUGUGAAGCAUGGCGGUGGAAAAGAGGUUGAUAAUCCGAUGGAAUUUAUUAACAUAGUUGAUGAUGCAUCAAUAGGCAAUGCUUAAUUUCUUAUAUGUUUCAAAUAUUGUCAAAUUGUUGAAAU